GAGGCAGGCGCGGGGGCCGGCGUCAGAGUCCGGGGUUCGGUCUGCGGGGCGAUCGAGUGCUGGACCGGCGGCGGUCCGGUGCGCCCCGGCCAGCGCGCGCCAGCUGCUCUGGGUACCCCAGGCCGAGGCGCCGGCGGCUGCGGCAAACCGGUGAGGUGGGCAGAGGGGGGCUCGGAGGGCGCCCUGUGCGCGGAGCAGGCGUGAGGCAGCCGGGGGCCGGGACGCCAUGUCCAUGGAGGACCCCUUCUUUGUGGUGAAAGGAGAGGUACAGAAAGCAGUCAACACUGCCCAGGGAUUAUUUCAGAGAUGGACAGAGCUCCUCCAGGAUCCUUCCACAGCAACGAGGGAAGAAAUCGACUGGACCACCAACGAGCUGAGAAACAACCUCCGGAGCAUAGAGUGGGAUCUCGAGGACCUUGACGAGACCAUCAGCAUAGUUGAAGCAAACCCUAGAAAAUUCAACCUCGAUGCAACUGAAUUGAGUAUAAGAAAAACCUUCAUCACAAGUACUCGGCAAGUUGUCAGGGACAUGAAGGAUCAGAUGUCAGCUUCAUCUGUGCAGGCAUUAGCGGAACGAAAAAACAGACAGGCACUCCUAGGGGACAGUGGUGGCCAGAACUGGAGCGCAGGAAAGAUGGACACAUCCGGGCGCCUGGACCGCGAGCUCCAGCUGGCCAACUCCCAUUUCAUCGAGGAGCAGCAGGCUCAGCAGCAGUUGAUCGUGGAACAGCAGGAUGAGCAGUUGGAGCUGGUCUCUGGCAGCAUCGGGGUGCUGAAGAACAUGUCCCAGCGCAUCGGAGGGGAGCUAGAGGAACAGGCGGUUAUGUUGGAUGAUUUUUCUCAUGAGUUGGAGAGCACUCAGUCUCGGCUAGACAAUGUGAUGAAGAAACUUGCAAAAGUAUCUCACAUGACCAGUGAUCGGCGCCAGUGGUGUGCCAUCGCCAUCCUCUUUGUGGUCCUGGUGGUCGUGCUGGUCUUCUUCUUAGUGCUGUGACGGCGGCCCGGCGCGGCUCCUCCUGCUCACGAACCCCGGGGGAGGCGGGAAGCAGCACCCCAACGUUGCCGUCUCUUCACACUCCUCUCUGGAAAACAGCCUGCACUGACUUUCCUCCUUGUGACCCCACCACUGAGAUAGCUGCUCUGACCCGGUGCUGGCAGGGCCGCUGGGAAGAGGAAGCGAUGACUGUGCGCUCCCGGGGCCACCUGUCCUGUGCUGAGGACGGCUCGGCACUGCUUGCCUCUGGGGCCUCGGGCCCCCGGGACAACCUCUGAGGAAUCCGGAAAAGUUUGCAGACUCCACUAGCGCUUGCUAUUGCUCAUUCCAUCCAUCUCUGGCAGCUCUCCCCCCCGCCGCCCGCCAGCUCAGACAGCACACCGCUGUCCCAUCCCCGAGAGCGCCGUCAGGAGUGCGGGCUCCCGGGCAGGUCUCAUUUCCCAUUGCGGCAGCAGCCCUUGGCCCCCCCAAGAGCUGGUUGCUAAUGGGGACACAAGGCCCAGAAGCAGUUUGUGACAGAAGACGCAGUGAUCCAUUUUUCAGGGAUAAGUGCUGGGAUAAAAUUGCUUUUCCAGGCUCAUUAUUCUGUGGUAGAAAUAACUAAUGAAAAAUAACGGAAAGCACUAGGCUUUGGGGGUGCUAACAGCUGGGGCUUGAACCAAAGGGAGGAGAGGGUAGCAGGACCCAGGGUUUGCACAGCUGAGGGAAGGGUGGGUGAGGUUGCGGGAGAUCAGAGCCUUGCCAAAAUCAUGUUGCUAUCCUGGUGCACCUUGUAUUUGGAGGAUGCCCCUUACCUGUAUGGUGCAGCUUAGCCGCACACUUGGAUGGUCUGGAUCCGGGGCCAGCCUCAUGGCCGGUUAGGUCGUUCCUGUGGCACUCUGCAUUGGGGGGGGGGUUAGUACAUUGGCAGUGUAGCGACACUCAGAAACCCUAAUGACCAAAAAGACUAGUUCUGGACCGGACUUUUCUUACCCUGUGAGUAAUGGCAAGAAUGGGUAGGUGAACUUGGGUGGGGUUUUUUUUCCCCCUAAGAUGACGACUCAGUUUUUUUUUAAUCAUCCAGUCAAAUAACUGAGCCAAUCCAAAUUUAAAGAACGGAAGCUUUAAUUGAGUUUUAGUAGCUGAAACUGCUGAGAUGCUAAACUUCAAGCUUCCGAUUUUUUAAACACCUCCAGCAUCCCAGCGUCUAUAGGAUAUUUUUAUAACCUCCCCGAUGCCGUCACCAAUGUUGAAGCAGCAGCUGACCCGGAGCCCUGCGGCAGGGGCCACUCCCCCUCCACCUUCUGCACUUGGAAAGCACAGCAACGUCUGGAUAGAGCUCUAGCUUUGACUUCCUGUUUCCUCAUCUGUUGGGGCCCAUUCCUCAGCACACUCUAUUUUUUUUUCCUUUUUUUCAUGUUUUGUCUGUAUUUCUUGGGGUUUUUUUGUUUAUUUGCUUUGGGCUUCCUCCCCCCCCUUUUUUGUGAUUUGCAAUAAUGUACUUGCCCAGCUGACUUAUGAAUUGCACUUUUUAAUAAAUAUUUGUAACAAUUUUUUAAAGAAGGGUAUUUUCUCAUGGCUAGGAUCAUGGUAGGUAAGGAAAUCUGCCUCUUAAUGAAAGCUAAAAGCAGAUUUAUAAAACUAAAAGGGUGGUUGACAUCCACGUUUACACUCAACUCUAUUUGAUAUAUAAAUAAGUUAUUUUUUUCAAGUUAGCAAAAAAAAAGAUAACUACAAAGGGCUUCAGACGUUGGGUACUAGAUUAUUUGUUUUACAAGUUUUGAGACUCAUUCAAAUAGUCUUCUCUAAACUUAGAACAGGGAUGGUCCUUAGAUUUGCAUUAAAACGUACAGGUCUUUGUUCGCCAUAAAUGGGGACCUUGUCUCAGUACUGUAAUCCACAAUCCGCAUUACCAGAGGCAGCCGGCAGCCUAAUGACCUAUAUGAUCACGCCAUUUAAAAGCCAUGCUCUUCUCCUGCUAUGAUCAGGUUUACUGUGCCCCACACAACUAACUGUCAUGUGGGGCCGUGGGGCCGUGGGGCUUGUUGGGAACAUGCCUGGUCAUUAAUGAGUACGAUGCUUCCCUGAGGUGGGGUGGGGGGCCAAGUGUUGUGACCCGGAGACUUAAUUACUAAAUGUCUGGAUAGAUUUAGAAUCGGCAUGAUGACCUCACUUAAUUUCAAGUGUUUGCUAAACAGUGGCUAUUGUAGACCAGACUCCCGCUGACGCUGACUAGGGAAUUAUUUAGGAGGAGAAAGUUUAAGAUACAAGCACCGCCCCUGUCUCCGCGCCUCGAAGGAAUGCUCUUUAACAUGGCAGCCUCUUACCGUAACUGUCCGCGCCAGCUCUGCCCCCAGCAGAGCUUCAGCCCCGCCAGCAUGAUCAUGGCCUGACCCUGUUGUGCCCGAAGUGGGCAUCACUAUAGACGUCUCCGCUCAGAAUGAAAACCAGGGCAGUCCGAGGGAACAAGCCAGAGGCUUAGGCUGAUUUUUGAGGAUAAGUAUUUCCUCAUCAGCGAUCCUAACACUGCCGGGCUUUUGGGGGCACCUACGUGGCCCCCCUGCCCAUAGAAUGGGGAGAGAGGUAGACCCUGGUGACCCUCUGCACUGCUUAGAGGCACAUCCUGCAGCGUGUGGGCUUUUUCCUGCAGCCUCUGCACCUCGACACAUAUCAUUUCUAAGGAACUGGCAGAAUAUGAUGGAUACAAGGAGAGCUCAGCUUACGUUUAUCGGUUUAUUGGAAGGACGUGUUUCUAAUCAGCUGAUUUGGGGGGUAGAUUGGGGGGAAUGAACCAUUGAGAGAGUUUGCCAGAGUGGGGAUCCAGCUGGAAAACUGAAAUACCUUUAGUUUUUAGUCCUAAUUUUUCAUCUUGCCUUUGUGCGGACUGCGCGCUCCCAGCGCUCUGUGGGUGCCCGCUGCUGGGUGGCAAUUGGAAGUCGCAGCGUGUGUGUUACAUGAGGAUCUUCACGCCAGAGCCGAAGGGGGAGAAACUUGGUGGCUUGCCCAUUAUUCUCUGCUUUUAGCCAGAGUUAAACAGACUGAUGGGUCUGGUAGCCAACCACUUGGCAACUCCCACUCCUUCUCACCUCGUGAGAAUCAGGGCUGUGAAGAGAAAUCUAGUCUAACUCCAACAGAAAUCUGUCUCUGUGAAGUGUUUUACCUUCUGUAAGUGAAGGUGGCAGAGCCAAGAUCUUUCUUUUGGUAAUUUCCCUGGCUAUAAAGUGAGACCGUUACCUUUCUAGAGAAUUCACAGCAUUUGAAGAUCUAGGAACUGAAUUACACAGAAGAGCUGCUUUUCAGCUCAGUGGGCUCGGACUGCUUGGCUUCGCCUCGUGCUGCAGGAUGAACUUGGAAGCAGAACAGCAGCGGGCCGGCCUGAGAAGCGCAAGUUGUAAAACACGGCAUGCACUACCUCCCUUUGUCUUCCUCUAGCUGCCAUGUCUUUCUUAUUUUUUCAGAAGAACGCUUUUGAAAAGCACGUUCUUUCUCCAUCAAGAGCAGAGAGGGGAAACCAGAGGGCUCGCAAACUUCUAGCCCCUCCGUCCCGCGGCGCUGUCCCGUCCAGUCCAUGCAGGAAGAUGGUGCCCAGUGAACGGCCCUGGGUGGCCGGCGGGGGCACAGCGGAGGGCUUCUCCCGGGGCCUCUGCUUCUGAGUGGGGGGCAGCUGCGGUAGCUGCACCGGGCUGACCUGUCUAGCUGUCCUUAUCCGGCUUCCGACCCUCACGGACAUGCUUGCGCUUCCAGUGAGGAGGUUUUACUCUUGCAAGGCCUGCGCCUGGCCGUUAUGGAAGCGCGGACGCCGGCCUCACCGUGGGCCCCUUGCUGUGACGCUCACUGCGAAGCUGCUGUUGGCUGUCGGGUCCAGAAAAUCAAGAGAAUUCCGAGUAGAACAGCCAUCAGACGAGAAGAGCAGUGCAGAGAAGCUCCGAGGCUCUGGCUCUUGAGGCCCAGUGCCUGGUCACUCACGGCGGGGCCAAAACCCCAGGCUCGCUGGCUCCUGGGGUCAGCAGCCCCAACGGUGCCCUCAGAAGGCCUUGGAGCCCCCAGCUCAGCUCCUCCAACAGACACGGGGGGCAUUUGCGGCGCUGCAUGCUGGACUUGGUCCCAGGGACAAGCGACCUCAGCGACGUAACAAGGUAGGCUGGUAGUGACCUGUCGUGCGCGCCCCUCACCCCAGCCAUUUGGUGUUUUUUGCUUUUGGAUGAACACUGAAGCUCUGAAAGCUCCCGGGGGGUCUUGCCGUGUUGCUGCCAUCUACCUCUAGGCGGCACUUCUUCAUGAUCUGGUUUCUGCAGAUAACAAGUGUGUGGCUAGGUGGGGAAGGAAGAAAAAGAACUUGGUUUCCCUGCGACAUAAGCUAGUGUGUUGGUGCUGUUUUCUUUCCCAUGUGACUUUUGUCCAGAAAUGCCCUUCCCCAAGGCUGUGUAGACGGGAACUGUGCUGAGAGGGUGAUUUGUCCCGGUCACCUGCCCGGCUGCUUGGCACAGGUCCACUGUGAGAAAGUGUAUUUUAUCCUUUUUUUUUUUUUUAAAGGUUAUGAGUUCUUGAACCCAGAAGCCACUCAAUUAUCCAGGGGGUGAUUGAAAUAAGACCCCCCAGCCUCACUGUUCGCUGAGCAAAGCUUGGGCCUUGUGGUGUAGCCGCGUGUCAGCCGGGCGCUCCGCACGAGCCGGGCUUUCUGCCAGCCCUGGGCUGAGACCACGUUCACCGUUGUUCUUUCUGCUCUGCAGAAAGUGGGCUUUAGCUGAGACCCUGCUCCUGAACGGGAAUUGCAACCCCGUGGGUAAAGUGCGCCCUGGGAGAGGCAGAUGUCCUAGUCCUCAGGAAAAGAAAGUAUCCGUGCAGGGCAGGGAGAGGCCAGCCAGGUGUCCCCCACUAGGAUGGGUUACUGGAACUUGCUUGUAAGCUGGAUGUGGUUCCGUCCUAGCUCGACCCAGGCUGGGAGAACGCCCUGGGUGAGGGCGGCCUGGAAACCAGGAAAGGGCCAAAGACAGCAAGCUGUAAAUGAUUGUGGAUUCGUUUUUUUGUAAGUGGAAAAAUAUGCUUUCACUGGCUCAUUUGUAAUCAGAAAUUAGUGUAAUGGAAAAAUCAAAUGUAUAAUACCUGGCAGUACUGAGCAAGAUGAAACCAUUGUAUUUUUCUUCGAGGGAUAAAUAACCUACAGCGUUUCAUUUUUAAAUAACUGGAAGGUACAAACUAAAGAAGUGAGAUCAAAGAUUAGAAUUGCAAAUGCCUGGGUGAUUUCCAGAUGGUCCCCCCCCUCCCCCGAGUCCUCAUGAGAAGAGCCCAGUGGUCCUGGUGCCAGUUUACGCCCCUCGCCACAGGUAGAUGCGUUGUUUUUCUGCAGGCCAGGUCUCCCAAGUGCGGUGCGGGACCAGCCUCGGCAGCAUCGCCCUGGAGCUUGCUAGAAAUGCAGGUUCUCGUGGCUCCCCUCGGCUCUGCUGAAUCACAAACUCUGGGGUGUUCACAAGCCCUCCAAGGGGGUUCUGACGCCCAGUCUAGUUUCAGAAUCACUGCUACUGCAUCGUGGAAUUUAGGCUACUCCCUGCAUAAUAAAAGCUCUUCCACAGCUUUGUGUGUAAUCCUGACAUUAAACAAACUGAUGACACAAUAAACUUGAAAACUUUUUAAAAAUACUUGUGUAAGAAAAAAUCUCAACUAGCUGUCUUUCAAAGUGGUAUUUUUACACCCUAAAGUCUAUUAGUAAUGUUUCUUACUUCUGCUCUUGAAAUCAUGUUACAGCUGUACAAAGAAUACUGUUCAGUAUUAAAAGAGAAAUGGAGAGACCA